AUGAGACUGCGCGUGAUCCUGGCACUCACACUGGUCAUGUCUUGCACCAAAGUUUUCUUCACAUUCGUUUCCAGAGGCAAAGAUCUCCUCCAGGGAAAGACUGAGAAAUCUCAUGUCACCAGCAUUUUGGAAGAGAGCAGGCUCAUGGUGGACAGUGCCAUCUAUAGCACGAUGCAGAGAAACCUCAGAAAAAGGGAAAUCAUUUCCCCAACUCAGCUUCUAUCUUUUUCCAAACUCCCCGAGCCGACUAGUGGCGCUAUUUCACGUGCCGCAGAGAUCAUGGAAACUUCCGUACAAGCGAUGAAAGGGGAUGUUUUCCUGAAACGUGGACAGUCACAGCAUCUCACUGAUGUUUUAACCGAAGAUGUACUGAACACGAUUGCAAAUAUGUCUGGAUGCCUACCUUACAUGCUACCACCAAAGUGUCCAAACACUUGCCUGGCAAACAAAUACAGACUCAUCACAGGAGCUUGCAACAACAGAGACCAUCCUCGAUGGGGAGCUUCCAACACUGCCCUGGCGAGAUGGCUUCCUCCCGCCUAUGAGGACGGCUUCAGUCAGCCCAGAGGCUGGAACCCCGGCUUCUUAUACAAUGGGUUCCCACUGCCCCCGGUACGGGAGGUGACAAGAAAAAUAAUUCAGGCUUCCAAUGAGGCUGUCACAGAAGAUGACCAGUACUCUGAUCUCCUGACGGUGUGGGGACAGUAUAUCAGUCACGACAUCGCAUUCACCCCACAGAGCACCAGCAAAGCUGCAUUUUGGGGAGGAACUGACUGCCAGCUCACUUGUGAGAACCAAAACCCAUGUUUUCCCAUACAGCUCCCCAGGAACUCCUCGCAGAUGGCAGGCACCACGUGUUUGCCCUUUUACCGCUCGUCUGCCACCUGCGGCACCGGUGACCAAGGUGCGUUCUUUGGCAACCUCUCCCAGGCAAACCCACGACAACAGAUGAACGGGUUGACCUCUUUCCUGGACGCAUCCACCGUGUAUGGAAGCUCCCCAGCCUUGGAGAAACAGCUGCGGAACUGGACCAGCGCCGAGGGGCUUCUCCGGGUUAACACUCGCCACUGGGAUGCUGGCCGUGCCUACCUGCCCUUUGUGCCACCGCAUGCACCCUCGGCCUGCACACCCAAGCCCGGCACCCACGCUGCCCAUGCCCCCUGCUUCCUGGCCGGGGAUGGCCGUGCCAGUGAGGUCCCCUCCCUGGCUGCCAUGCACACACUGUGGCUGCGUGAGCACAACCGCUUGGCCACUGCACUCAAAGCCCUCAACCCACACUGGAGUGCAGACGCUGCUUACCAGGAGGCACGCAAGGUUGUGGGUGCCCUGCACCAGAUCAUCACCUUGCGGGAUUACGUCCCCAAGAUCCUGGGCCCCGAGGCCUUUGAGCAGUAUGUGGGUCCCUACGAAGGCUAUGACUCCACUGUGAACCCCACGGUGUCGAAUGUGUUCUCCACGGCUGCCUUCCGCUUCGGCCACGCCACGGUCCACCCGCUGGAGAGGCGGCUGGACGCCCGCUUCCAGGAGCACCCCGGCCUCCCCGGCCUGCCCCUGCAUGACGUCUUCUUCAGCCCCUGGAGGCUCAUCCAGGGAGGUGGUGUGGACCCACUCUUAAGAGGCCUUCUUGCAAGACCAGCCAAACUGCAGGUGCAAGAUCAGCUGAUGAACACGGAGCUGACAGAAAGGCUCUUCGUGAUAUCAAAUUCGGGAACCAUGGAUCUGGCAUCACUGAACCUGCAGAGGGGUCGGGACCACGGCCUGCCAGGUUACAAUGCAUGGAGGGAGUUCUGUGGCCUGCGCCGACUGGAGACGCCUGCCGACUUGAGCACGGCCAUAGGCAGCAGCAGUGUGGUCGACGGGAUAAUGGACCUGUACAAGCACCCUGACAACAUCGACGUCUGGCUGGGUGGCUUAGCUGAAAACUUCUUCCCCGGGGCCCGAACCGGUCCCCUGUUCGCCUGUAUCAUUGGGAAACAGAUGAAAGCCCUGAGGGAUGGUGACAGGUUCUGGUGGGAGGACAGCCUUGUCUUCACUGAGGCUCAGCGGCAUGAACUGCAGAAGCAUUCCUUAUCUCGGGUCAUCUGUGACAAUACCGGCCUCACCCACGUGCCCAUCGACACCUUCCAUGUCGCGAGAUACCCCCAGGACUUGGAGGCGUGUGAGAACAUUCCCGGCAUGAACCUGGCAGUGUGGAAGGAGACCUUUCCUCAAGAUGACAUGUGUGGCCUCCCAGACAGAGUGGAGAAUGGGGACUUUGUGCACUGCGAGGAAUCUGGGAAGCACGUGCUGGUGUUCUCCUGUCACCACGGAUACGAGCUGCAGGGGCAAGAACAAGCCACCUGCACCCAGCAAGGAUGGGACGUCCCACCCCCAACUUGCAAAGAUGUCAACGAGUGCGGAGACCCCGUGCACACACCCUGCCACCCCUCUGCGCGGUGCAGGAACACCCUGGGGGGCUUUCGCUGCAUCUGCACCGACCCAUACGAGCUGGGAGAGGACGCGAGGACCUGCGUUGACUCCGGGAGGCUCCCGCGGGCGUCGUGGGUCUCCAUCGCACUGGGUGCCCUGCUGCUCGGUGGCUUGGCGGGCCUCACCUGGACAGUGAUCUGCAGGUGGUAA